AUGGUUUUCUGUACCGUUGAAGAGUCUGGGGAGCAUGUAACUGCUGGUGCUGGAAACUUCCACCUUGAUAUGUGCUUUAAUGACUUGUUGAAUAAUUUAACAGACAUUGCUGGAAUUAUAAAAUCUGAUCCUGUUGUGUCCUUUCGUGAGACUGUCCUUGAGAAGUCUAGUCAGACAGUGAUGAGCAUGUCCCCGAACAAGCACAACCGUUUGUACAUGCAAGCUAGGCCACUGGAGGAAGGACUUUCUGAGGCUAUUGACAGUGGACAGAUUGGCCCCAGUGAUGAUCCCAAGGUUCGUUCUAAGAUCUUGUCUGAGGAAUUCGGUUGGGACAAGGAUCUUGCCAAGAAAAUCUAG